AUGUAUACGGCCUUCAAGCCAGACUUUGCUCUCUUCCCCAUCCCUAUUAGCCCCCUUGAAUGGGUUCACGCCAUUGACAAGCAUGUCGGAGAAUCAUUAUCAGGAGAGGAGCUGCUGCGUGGGGUCAAGCGACCAUGGGACCAGUUGGACACGGAAUCUGAACUGAGAUCCACGCAGGUAAGGCGUACUCAGGAAAGCCUCCAGCCACAAUUUAGGUCACUGCUAGAUAUGCCAAACAGAGGCUGUGCGAAUGAUGUGAAUACCGACACGGGGAGCGCAACUGAGGCUGGCAGGAACAGAACAACCCAAGAGGAAAGAAUGUCUAUAAUCACAGGCAAUACCGCACAAAGCAAUCCGUCCUCAGAUACACAAAACACGGCAACAGAAGAGAAUCUGAAUAUAUCUACAGACAACAACACACAAAGCAAUCUAUCCUCAGAUACACGAAUAACUGAAGAGAAUGGAGCAACAGAAGGCAGUCUGGUUAUAUCUGCAGACAACAACACACAAAGUGGCCUGUCCUCGGAUACCAGGUUAACUGAGCAGAACGGAGCAACUGGACAAGAUAACCAGCUCUUUCCAGAGAUUUAUCCAACUGAGGAGGAGGGAGCAAGCGAGGAAGAGAGUGUGUAUUCAUCUACAGCCAACACUACACCAGGCGAGCCGUCUCCAGAAAUCUAUCGAACCGACCGGCCUGGCAUUGCUGGAGCAGAGUUUGACCGCAUGCUCCAAGAGUUUGGCACCAGCACCGGUGAUCAGGAACCAGACCUCCUGCCACAGACAAUUCUCCGCGAUAUGACGCCAACUAUGACUGAUAUCGAAACCUUGACUAGUCCAAGUAUAUCUAGCACCGCCAGCUCUAGGGACCUGCUAGAGAGACUGCCGGAUUAUCAUGACCAUAUUCUUCCCCAAUGGCCCUUGUUGCCAACCGUCCCAAUGGCCUCGGACCUUGAGACGGAUAGGAACCGGACACUCUCAACUCACUCUGCAUUGCCUAUAGAUGAUGUUGAUAUGAUAGUAAAUAAUUGGCGCAUGCCUGAGAAUGUUGCUCAGGCUGUUAUUGACAUACUUCCAGCGACCCACCCUAUCCCAGGAACAGAGACACCGACCAUCAACAUAGCUAUGACUGAGGACAGAGCCAACAAUCCAAACGACUGUAUAAGCUUACAAGACACCAUUGUACAACAAUGGCCAGAUAGACACUAUAUUAUGCUUUACGGUACUUUGUUAACGCGUGCCAAUGUGGAGCAGUUGCUAUAUGAGUUGCAGGACUCUCCAUCACUGUCAAUCUUUACAGUGGAUCUACUUGGUGACCGUCUUUCCUACAAUCAUCACCCAUCGGAGCUACAUAUUGCUGAUGCUACUUGGUUUAACUGUCUACAUCGUGGUAUACUUCGUUUAACACCAAUGCCGCAGACUCUACUGUUGCCUAACUGUCUGUAUAAUCACUGGUCAUUGAUUGAAAUACAGCCAUACUCCGGGACAGUGAUUCACUAUUCUUUCCCUGAAAUCAGGCCAGAAGUACAGGACAGUAGUUACUAUCCUCAUCAUCCUGCCUGCCCUACCUGCCAAGCGGCUAUUCAAACACUGUCCAAUUGUCUUCAAGAUAUUGGCCAGCCAUGCCCAGAAUGGCAGUUAGACAGCAAGAUAAUUAGCUCUGUACCAGGGGACGACGGCACAGCCCUUAUCUGGACAAUGACGCAGCGUGCUAAUAACAAAGGCCUGCAAAAUGGACCACCAGAGACUUUUCGGGUACACCUCGCCCAAGAUAUUUUGACAGAGGCGCUCCAGGCAGCGACUGACACACCGUCACCGCCGCCCCCGCAGCCACCGCCGGGGUUGUCUCCAAAGUCAUCAUUAUCGUCACCAGUACCACCCAGAGGGCAGCAGACCAACUCAUUGGAGAAAGCACAUUACAGGUGGUCUACCGUCAUGAUUCGAAGUGGUGACCCUGUCAAUUUAACUGACUUAUGGGACCGAGUAGCCCAGAUGUCCAUGGAUUCUGGUACACCUAUUGGCCGCAAACAGGCCGAUCGGUUAUUACAGCUAGCAUUUACCAUUGCCUCUCCACCUGUUUUAGUGGAAGUGAAGCGCCAGCUGGAACAUCUACGCCGGGAACAAUGUAACACCACUCGUCGCUUUCAGCGCAGUGCUGCUGGAGUUUUCGCAGCGGGUAUCUGGCACAAAAACAAUGAGCACACCUCCCGCAUUGGCCUUAUAUUGACUUACUGGUAUGUACAUAACUACCGCCAACAGCAAGGGAGCUCUAGUGAUCCAAUUACCAAACUGGCUACCGACAUCUAUAACCACCUUCCAGAAGUUGCUCGUGACUACGGCGAGGUCGAGGAGAAAGUAAGAGACUGGUGCAGACGUGCAUGGCCUUGGAGGCAACUAGUACGCAUUACUGGCUCGCCAAAUGUGCUCUGCUUCCUACCUCAAGGUAUCGCCUAUUUUCCGGGUGAAGAUGCACCAUCUACGACUGAAUACCGGUGUCUCAAAAAACCUUACUUCAAAGCUAUAGAGGUGAUAUUUCAACAGUGUCGACCGCAGUUACUGAAGUCUAUCCCCGAAAAGUUCUUUGAGAUCUUUCUCUAUAAUCACCUUCCAGAGGCCAAAUACGCAAUUGAGCAGUGGACAGAGGAGGAAAUCCUAGCAGAACCACUAGACUCGGACAAAUUUAGUCACGCCUUCGAUCUGGUCUCCGAUCAUUAA